CCAAAACAAAAGCACUCAUCGACCGUCGUCGUUGGGUCGUGUUUACGGCGACUUUUUUCAAGUUUUUAGAGUUAUUUGUUAGUUUAAUUUUCUUAAAAUAGCUUUCCUCUGUAACAAGUACCAUCCAGCAUGUCUCAGGAUAUAGACAGCGAGGGAGUGCCCACUAGUGAGUACAGCGACACAGUGAAGGCUCUCUCGUCCGGUUUGCUGGAAAUCUACGAGCCAACUCUGAAUGAGGUCAAAGGAAGUUUGAAGGAGCUGUUAGAUAAGCAAUAUGAAAUGCAAGCAACGAUAGCAACAGAAAAACUAACCUACAUAAGUCAGGAUGUGCAACAAAUCAACGAAAUGAUCAACAAAGCCAAACUUUACAGAGAGAAAGCAGUACGAAUCAAAAAUCAAAUGCACCAAAUCCAUCAACGAGCCAAAAGUUUACGGGCUAAGGCACUGGACAUGCAGGAGUUAAAAGUGAAUCAGUGCGCCUCAAAGCUUCAGCAGCUACAUUACGAAGAAUCGCUGGUGGCGAGCAUUAAAAAAGUCCCGGGCAAAAAGUCCUAGUCUUGGACGAGGCUGUCGCAUUUAUUGUUGGUGAAACAAUCAAAACUUUUCCAUGUACUUGUAGAGAGGCGAAAUCAAGACACUUUAUCGUCACAAUAUUUACCAAAACCAUUAGAAUUUUCGGAUUUCGUUAAUGUUUUUUUAUCAUCGUUAGCGGCCAAAGGAAUAAAACAAAACGAAAACAUUUUAACCUGCAGCAGUUUAUACACAUUUUCA